GUUUGACGAUAAGAACAACAAAACACUGGUGCGUCGUGUUUUUCGGCACAUUUUCAACAGUUUCGGAAUAAAUAUAUUAAAUUUAUCGUGAAAUAAACAUUUAAAAAUCUUCCAUUUCAGCAAUUUCGUGUUAAAAAAUUCCACCGCAUCAUUCCACCGACAUAUUGACCGUUGACAGUUCUUAUUUCCGAUCGCACCAAUGGAUUCGUACUGCAUAUAAAUUUGCGAGUCAUCCGUUAAAUUGUGCGUAUUGAAAUAAAAAGUGCAAAAUGGCGAGUGAGGUGAACGAUUAUUUUGGCUUUGAAUUGUUGAAUAAAAUCGUCGAAGCUUCACUGAGCAAAAAAGAGGACGUCAUCAUUCUUUUCACUCAUUGGUACUUCGUGAAAAAUGGAUUCAAGUGCAUCGGCCUCGGAGAUUCAAAGGUUUUCGAUCCGAACACCGACAAAGGUACAGAUUUCCUUCCGGACCAAUGGAACCAACAACCAAAUUAUUCUUUACGCUAUGCCAAGGAUGGCAAACUUUAUAUCCUCGUUGCCAUGAAAUCUGACGCUAAUCUCUUGAUCAAUCUUUUGAGAACAGCGGACAACGGAGCAUCCAGCGUUGAAUUUGGGAUCGAGGAGACGGUGAAAGAGCUGCGUGGUGCGUUGGAAGCUUUGAUUCCAGAGCAUCGGACAGUCAUGAACAAAAUUCGUCAAGACCUGGUUGAACCUUUGAACAGUCCGGCAGGACGAGAAAUAUCGACACAAACGAGAGGAAGAACAGAAUCGCCGGAGGAGAGACGUCGUCAGCCAAUCGAUGACGAUCCUCUGCGGGUACGACCGGAGCGGGUCCCUCGUGAACCUUGGCCCGCUUACGAUCCUCGGAACGUUGGAAGAUCCGAUCUGGACCCCUUUUCACGCGAGCGUGGCGGAAUGAUCUUCGAUCCUUUUGCUGAAAGACGUGGCCCCGGAGGCGGUGUUGGACCACUCGGUGGCUUUCCACCAGGCGGCUUGGGAGUUCCAGGAAGAUUGCCACCCGGAGCUGUUCCACCAGGAGCGCGAUUCGAUCCUUUCGGCCCUCCGGACAUCGGGGGUGGUAUGCGAAGACCACCACGAGACCCAGACGCCGAUCAUUUGCCUCCAGGCUUCGAUGACAUGUUCAUGUGAAGAGAAAUGAAAAUACUCGCCUUUUUUAAGUUUAAGCUUCAACAAUUUGUACGAAAAAAAUUAAUCAAUAAAAUAAGCUCGAUUUUAUUUUUA